ACAUGUAGCCACGCAUCAAACACCCGAUAGCCAAUGCUUCCCUUUACUUGUAGUUCACAUUCGUCGCCAAUUCGCGAUUCUUAGGGAUUAGGUUUCCUUCUUUUAUGUCAAUCUGGUUUGCCGAUGUCUGCUACCCUCGCAACCUCGGCGUCAUCUGUAAGAGAUUUCCCCAAGUUCGGUCUCGUCUCUAGCAGGAUUCGUCUUGAUGGUAGUAAAUGCAGGAUGAUGAGAAGAAAUUUCGUAUCCGGAGGAAUCGCAUUCUCCGUUUGCUGUUCCUUGUUGACUGCUGACCCUGUUCAAGGAAUGGAUAGGUUACCUUUCAGAUCCAAUGGCUAUAACUUCUGGACAUGGAAGGGACGCAAGAUACAUUAUGUAGAACAAGGAAUGGGACGCCCAGUUGUUCUUAUACAUGGAUUUGGUGCUUCUGCAUUUCAUUGGAGAUACAACAUACCUGAAUUGGCAAAGAAGUAUAAGGUCUAUGCUCUAGAUUUGCUAGGCUUUGGAUGGAGCGAGAAAGCUAUUAUCGAGUAUGAUGCAACAGUUUGGAAGGACCAAGUGUCUGAUUUCCUCAGAGAAAUAGUAAAAGAACCUGCAAUCUUGGUUGGAAACAGUCUUGGAGGGUUUGCAGCCUUGAUGACAGCAGCUGAAUCAGCUCAGCAUGUUCGUGGAGUUGUUUUACUAAAUUCAGCUGGACAAUUUGAAAAUCCAAGUGAACAGCCCAAGAACAAUGAAGAAGAGACGGUGUUACAGAAGUUUGUGUUCAACACACUGAAGGAAUUCAUCCAAAGAAUAAUCUUGGGGUUCCUAUUCUGGCAAGCAAAGCAACCUGCUCGUGUUGAAAAAGUCCUGAAAAGUGUGUAUAUAAAUGCCUCCAACGUGGACAAUUAUCUUGUGGAAUCGAUAACUAAGCCGGCGGAGGAUCCAAAUGCUGGAGAAGUUUAUUACAGAUUGAUGACGAGAUUUAUGUCAAACCAAAGCAAGUACACGCUCAACAGCGUCCUUAGCAAACUCUCAUGCCCAUUGUUGCUGAUAUGGGGUGACUUAGACCCUUGGGUUGGGCCUGCCAAGGCAGCUAGAAUCAAAGAGUUCUAUCCAAACACCACCGUCGUCAAUUUGCAGGCAGGGCAUUGUCCGCAUGAUGAAGUCCCUGAGCUCGUGAAUGAAGCUCUACUCAAUUGGCUAUCCUCGUUAUAACUUGAAGUCAUCACCCAAGCAUUGUGAAUUAAUUGUCGAAUACAUUCUUUGUUGGGGUAAAAACUCAACAAUAUAGGUUACAUCUAAUUUAGUCAAUAAAAUGAGAAGCAAUAGGGAUUAGAAGUUA